UUGACGCCAACCUGGCCUGACCGCGCCGCUGUUCCUCAGGGCAGUCCGGUUCCUGCCCCGCUGCCCCGUGAACUGACCGGGGGCUGGUGUGAUGGACGACGCGGAGCAGGGGGAGACCGGCUGGAUGGAGAGAGGGACCCAGAGGCGGGCAGAGGAGACGAGGCGACGGCUGCGAGCUUUCCAAAACAUUCGAGGGCAGGAGGUGAGGCCGGGUGAGUUCUGGGAUGCAGUGAUCAUUACUGCUGCCGACGGAGAACAGGAGUAUGCAUUUCUUCAGCAGAUCGCCAGCAAGCUGGAGAGGAGGGAGCUCCCCCUUGGAGUUCGCUAUCAUGUUUUCGCUGAUCCAGUGGGACCAAAGAUUGGAAAUGGAGGAUCUACACUUCACGCUCUCCUUCGAUUGGAAAAACUCUAUGGAGAUCAGUUGGAUGGCUUCAGAAUUCUAUUAAUCCAUGCUGAUGAGUGGAAGAAGAAAGUGAGUGAAUCGUAUGCAGUGGCGAUUGAGAAGCUGCAGGAUGAUCAGCGAAUUAAGGAGAGUGAACUGGUGGAACUUAAGCAUGUCUUCAGCUCGGAUGAAGCCUUCGGCAAAGUGAACAUGAACUAUCGGACGGAGAACGGACUCUCCCUACUUCACCUCUGCUGUAUCUGUGAUGGGAACAAGGCACACGUGAGGACCUUGAUGCUGAAAGGUCUCCGCCCCUCCCGGCUCACCAGGAAUGGAUUCACCGCUUUGCACCUGGCUGCGUACAAGGCAAGCUCUGACCUGGUGACUGCUCUCCUCCACGGUGGUGCUGACAUUCAGCAGGUGGGCUACGGAGCACUCACUGCUCUGCACAUCGCCACCAUCGCCGGUCACAGUGAGACUGUUGAUAUCCUCCUCCAACACGGUGCUUUUGUCAAUGUGCAAGAUGCCGUCUUCUUCACUCCUCUGCACAUCGCCGCUUACUUCGGCCACGAGCAGGUCACCCGUCUGUUGCUGAGGUUUGGAGCGGAUGCCAGUGUCAGCGGAGAGGUUGGCGAUAGACCCCUACACCUCGCCUGUGCGAAGGGCUACCUCAACAUUGUCAAACUGCUGCUUACGGAGGCUAGCUCGGCCGACGUUAAUUCCCUGGACAAUGAGGACCACUCUCCUCUCCACUUCUCCUCCCGCUUUGGCCACCAUGAGAUCGUCAGUUACUUGCUGCAGGGAAACUUUGGGGUGCAGCCUCAUGCCGUGAACAUCUACGGAGACACAGCUCUACACCUGGCCUGUUACAACGGCAAAAUGGAAGUGGCCACUGAACUGAUCCGUCUCUCGGGGACUGAGAGCCUGACCAAGGAGAACAUCUUCAGUGAAACCUCCUUCCACAGCUCCUGCACCUAUGGCAAAAACAUCGAGCUGGUGGAGUUUCUGAUCAACCAGAACGCCAUGAGUAUAAACCACCAGGGGAGGGACGGACACACUGGAUUGCACAGUGCCUGCUACCAUGGCCAUAUCCGGCUGGUACAGUUCCUGCUGGACAGAGGGGCCGACAUGAACCUGGUGGCGUCUGACCCCAGUCGCUCCAGCGGGGAGAAGGACGAGCAGACGUGCCUGAUGUGGGCGUACGAGAAAGGGCAUGAUGCUAUUGUGACCUUGCUGAAACAUUAUAAACGACCACAGGAUGAAUCUCCCUGCAACGAGUACUCGCAGCCUGGAGGAGACGGCUCCUACGUCUCCGUUCCAUCACCGCUUGGGAAGAUCAAGAGCAUGACGAAAGAGAAAGCAGACAUCCUGCUCCUUCGAAGCAGCCUCCCGUCUCAUUUCCACCUACAGCUGUCUGACAUCGAGUUCCAUGAAAUCAUCGGAUCAGGUUCCUUCGGCAAGGUUUACAAAGGAAGGUGCCGGAAUAAGAUUGUUGCCAUUAAAAGAUAUCGCGCUAACACCUUCUGCUCCAAGUCUGACGUUGAUAUGUUCUGCCGCGAGGUGUCCAUCCUCUGCCGUCUGAACCACCCGUGUGUGAUCCAGUUCGUCGGCGCCUGCCUCAGCGACCCCAGUCAGUUCGCCAUCGUCACUCAGUACAUCUCCGGUGGCUCCCUGUUCUCCCUCCUGCACGAACAGAAGAGAAUUAUUGACCUUCAGUCCAAGCUAAUCAUCGCGAUCGAUGUGGCCAAAGGAAUGGAAUACCUUCACAACCUAACUCAGCCCAUCAUCCACAGAGACCUGAACAGCCAUAACAUCCUGUUGUACGAAGACGGCCAUGCCGUAGUUGCUGACUUUGGAGAGUCCCGCUUCCUGCUCUCAAUGGAUGAAGAUAACAUGACCAAACAGCCUGGGAACCUGCGGUGGAUGGCUCCUGAGGUCUUUACACAGUGCACUCGGUACACUAUUAAAGCCGACGUCUUCAGCUAUGCCCUGUGUCUCUGGGAACUACUGACUGGUGAAAUCCCCUUUGCACACCUCAAGCCGGCUGCUGCAGCUGCUGAUAUGGCCUACCACCACGUGAGGCCGCCCAUUGGCUACUCCAUUCCCAAGCCUGUCUCCUCCCUGCUAAUGAGGGCCUGGAACGCCUGUCCAGAGGAACGACCGGAAUUUUCAGAAAUGGUGACUAACCUGGAGGAGUGUCUGUGCAAUGUUGAGCUAAUGUCCCCGGCAUCCAGUAACAGCAGCGGCUCCCUCUCACCCUCCUCCUCCUCCGACUGCCUGCUGGCACGGGGAGGUCCUGGCCGCAGUCACGUUGCUGCUCUACGCACCCGCUUUGAGCUAGAGUAUGCGCUCAAUGCGCGGGCCUACGCGGCCUGGUCCCAGAGUGCCUCUGGCCGACGCUCGUCGCAGGGAGCUGUUGUUGAGGAGCUGAGGAGAAGCCUACAGUACCCACCCAUGGAUGUGAACGGCUACGUGUCUGACCCUCUCAGCACCAUGCGGUACAACUCCUGCAGCAGCGGUAGCCAGGAGGAGAGUCCCUGAGGUCCUACCGCCCGCCGGCUAGGCAGCGAGGGAGGACAGUCCCCGUGAUUCUGUUGUCUGCCGGUAGGGCAGUGAGAGGGCGGAGACAGCGGCCGGAGGAGAUGAUAGACAAUAAAUAAAAUGACAUCUGCUCAGUUUUCCUGACCUGACCUUGUUCCCAACAUUAACACAACGUUCAGGACUGCCGAUCUUACCCAGGGAUGGACCCUGCAGCUUCGACCUUGGUGGUCUGUCCCUGCGAUCUCUGACACCCGAGAGCUUUCAUAGAGUGGAGAGGGUGGAGUCUUUGGACCCACCUACCCACCGGCACCAGAGACAGGAUUCCAGUCUAGUCACACAGUACAGAAGCCAGACUAACAGUAACUCUAACUCACACCAGCAGCUCAGGGCACACCCGAGAAGCAAAAUUCGGUCUCGGUUCGAAACAUCGCCCACUUAUUCCUCUGCUGCCUGACCUGAUGAGCUCCUCCACCAUUUUGAGUGUGUUGUUUUGGAUUUCCAGCAUCUGCAGAUUGUCUUGUGUUAAUCAGAGGGCAAAAAUGGUAGGGGAGGGUGUGAAGAGUUGGGCAGAGUUACCAGUGCAGAUUUGAAACAUGAAUUAUUCCACUUACCCCCACCCCAUCCAUUUUAUUGUCUUCUGCCCCCCCCCCCCGCGUCCUUUCCAGACCCAAUGAGUCUCUGGCCGAAACAUCGACUAUUUCCCACCAUUGAUGCUGCCUGUUCUGCUGAGUUCUCCAGCGUUUCGUGUGUGUCAGAAUCAGGUUUAAUAUCACGGGCCUAUGAUCUGAAAUGUAUUUUGCCGCAGCAGUACCGUCCAAUGCAUAAUAAUAAAACUAACUC